AUGCAAGACUAUGAGGUAACAGGAAUUGAUUAUUCUGAGGAUCCACUUACCCAUUUUGCCUUGUUUUCAAACUGUUAUCCAGUAACUUUCAAAGAGGUUGUCGAAGAAUUAAAGUGGUGGAAGGCUAUGAAAGCUAAAAUUGAAGCCAUCGAAAGAAACAACACUUGGGAAUUGAUGGAGCUUCCAAAAGGGCAAAAGACCAUUGGUGUGAAGUGGGUUUAUAAAACAAAGUUGAAGGAGAACGGUGAAGUUGACAAGUACAAGGCGCGUUUGGUGGCCAAGGGCUAUAAGCAAGAAUUUGGUGUUAAUUACAAAGAAGUCUUCGCUCCAGUUGUGAGGUAUGACACAAUUAGAUUGGUGAUCACAUCGGUAGCUCAAAACUCGUGGCUUAUCUUCCAGUUGGAUGUGAAAUCAACAUUUCUACAUGGAGACCUACAUGAGCAAGUAUUGUUGAUCAACAUCCUAGUUAUGUGA